UCUGCCAUCUUUGAUUGUGCGACAGGCCGCGGCGCGAGCGGGGCCUCACACAACUAGAAAAACGGUCUGACACGAGAUAACGGGUGGGGAUAGACACGGAACCACGGGACGACCGCGCACCGGUUCCCACUGUAGCGGCCGAACAGACAAGGACCGACUGGCGGCUUGAAACGGCGCAGAAGACAUAAAACAGAAGCCGUGCAUGUGGAGAGCGGUUUGUUGGCAGCCAGCGAGCAAGGUAGCUAACCAUCGUUAGCCGAACUGGGUUAGCAGGCUAGCCAGCUUUUGUAAUCCGCCGGCCAGACACAUAUUCGUCCACCACAAACCAGGCCGAAAUCGGAUUUCAAGUCGGGCCGCGCAACAGCCGAAAGGACAAAGAAGGCACCGGCGGUGGCAGGAGGCUGGUUCUGGGGGCGCGGCCAAAGGACCAGACUCAAUGAGUUUCCAGCGAAAUGUCCGAGAAGUCAGGGCAGAGCACCAAGGCAAAGGAUGGCAAAACAAAGUAUGCAACCCUUAGCCUCUUCAACACCUACAAGGGCAAAUCUCUGGAAACCCAGAAAACUGCAGUGGCUGCCAGACAUGGGCUCCAAAGUUUGGGCAAAGUUGCUGCCAGCCGGCGCAUGCCCCCUCCGGCCAACCUGCCCAGCCUGAAGGCAGAGAACAAGGGAAACGACCCCAACGUCAACAUUGUCCCCAAAGACGGUAGUGGCUGGGCAUCUCGAACUGAGGGAGGGGAGGACAGGCAACAGGACACGCCCCCACCCCAGAACAAACCAGCAGUGCUCCAGCCACAAGAGCCUUCUAUUGGGGGCAGCCGCUCCUGGGCCAACAGCAAGCCUACACAGCUAGACGGAGCUCCUCGUGUGAGCAGCCAUUUUCACCAGGAGUUUCCCAGCCUGCAGGCGGCUGGUGAGGUGGAAAAAGGGGAAGGUCAAGAAGAGGAGCCUUAUGGACCAGGCCCCAGCCUCAGACCUCAAAAUGUUGGCAGUUGGCGUGAAGGUGGAGGCAGGAAUUUGAACACUGCACCCAGCCCCCCUGAGAUGGACAGCAGGGGUCUGGAGGAGGUUGGUACGGGACUUGGUACCUCUACACCACCAGGGGAAGCUGAAGAGGCAGGGCGAAACGUAACCACUGACGUCCAGAGGGAGAAGAGGGAUGGCAGGGAGAGGUUGCCUCCCUCUGCUCCCCCUCCUCAGCCCAAACUUAAUGGGGGGCAGCAGCCUCCUGCUGGGGUGCCAACUCACUUUGACCCUGCUUUCAGGAGCAUGAUGCCACCCUACAUGUUCCACGCCUAUCCUCAAAUGACUUUUGGCCUAGGACAAGGAAACUUCAGAUACCCUGUACCACAAGAUGGAGCAAAGGGUCCUCGUUCAACACGACCCCAGCAGCCUCCCCCUCAGUCCUGGCUCCAGGACCCAGACAGACCCUCUAUCAUCAGUGCAACGGAACUUAAAGAGCUGGACAACUUAGACACGGAUGCUGAUGAGGGCUGGGCAGGAGCUCAGAUGGAGGUGGACUACACUGAGAAACUGAACUUCAGUGAUGAUGAGGAGAACCAAGCUGCUAAAGACAAAAGAGAAAACUGGGAGUGGAUGGGUAAAGUGGAGCGUAUAAGAUCUCGGCCACAAGAAGGUCAGGAGGGCUGGAAGGAGGGUGCCGAAGACCGUGGGGGCAGUAAAACCUCAUGGGCUGAUGGCGAUCCUAGAGCGCCAUCACCUGGCAGUAUGGGACAGUACAAUAAGUCAGCUCCUCCACAGGACUUCCAGGGUGGCAGUCGUUCUGUUGGUGGCGGAGCUCCACGAGUAGCCAAACCUCAGGCUGCUGCAGCACCUGGUGCUGACGAGGACCCUGAGGCCUGGCGACAGAAGCGCAAGAAAGCACCAGAAGUUUCUGAAGCUGUAGAAAGAGCGAGGCGGCGGAGAGAAGAAGAGGAGCGGCGGAUGGAAGAACAGCGGCUUGCUGCUUGUGCUGAAAAACUUAAACGUCUCAAUGAAAAACACCGACAGGCAACUGAGGGCAAAUCACCUAUUCCUCAGACCACCAGUGAUGAAGCAGGAUCUACGCAAGAGGAAGAGUCCUCAUCAGCUCCUGCUCCUGUAUCCAGUCCUGCACCUUCAAUCCCAGUUUCACAAUCACAGGCCCCAAUCAUGCAAGCUCCUCUACCUGAGAGGGUGGAGCGAGACAGGGAGAGGAUGGAGCGAGAACGAGAGAGAGUAGAACCAAGUGUAGAGGAGGAGGUUCUCUUGCCUCGUCAGCCCAGCCCGCCCGUCCAGAGACCCGUGGCUGUAGGUCCAGAGCCUCAGAGUGAGGGAGAGAGCUCCCUGGCUGAGGUCGGCCCCCUGAUGGAGGAGAACCAGACAGACAGGACACCAGUGCCUAUCCGAGACUAUUUCAACAUAGAGGACAACAGAGUGGAUGAGCCCCACCUGUCUCUGCCUCACAUGGACACCCCCAGUGGUGAGGAGGUCCCUGUGGCACCACCACAGCUGGAAGGAGAGGCAGCAACUGCUAUGCGUCCCUCUCUCACCUCAGGCUAUUCCAAACAGUUUCAAAAGUCUUUGCCACCUCGUUUCCUCAGACAGCAGGAGCAGAUGAAGCAGCAACAAUGGCAACAGCAGCAACACCAGAGCGGGGGCUCCGUGUCCCCAUCAGGUGGUGGCGGUGUUUCAGCCCCGCAGCAGCAGCAGCAGCAACAACACCGCUCCAUGUAUCAACCCAUGGGCCCCCACCACCAGCACCUGGCCUCCAUGGGGUUUGACCCUCGCUGGCUCAUGAUGCAGUCCUACAUGGACCCCCGCAUGAUGUCAGGACGUCCUCCCAUGGACAUGCCAACUAACAUUCACCCUGGGAGGAUGCCUCCAAAGCAAAUAGUGCGCAGAGAGCCUGGUGACAACUCCAGCUCCAGCUCUGACUCCUUUGACCAUUUGACUCGACCCAUUCGUGACCAUGGCCUGCCGUCAGACUCCCGGAUGGUAUGGGGAUCAGACCCAUACCCACAAUCAGAGCCAUUACCAUCUGUAACUCCUCCAAAAGGACGGGAGGAUGGCAAGGAGCCAAGGAUGGACUCUGGUUUGGAUCUGGACAGGGGUCUCCCAGCUAUGUAUCCCCAGGAUCACAGUGCAUUGGACUCUCAUAAAAGUAACUUCUUCCAGGACCCUACAGAGUCCCUGUCAGCAUUUACCCAGGGCCCAGAGGAUGUGUCGGGGCCUCUAGACAGGGUCCCUGUAGGCUCAGCGUUUGAUCCUGAGGAGCCAGGCCUACCCAGUGGUGAAGAAGUAGAAGCUCUUGGUCAAGCUAUGCUUCAGAGGAGUGUCUCCCAGGGCUCCAGUCACUCCCUCAAGUUGGAUGAGCCCAGGUUUGACGGGCUACCCCUGGGAACAAAAUCGCUAGAGCUACAGGAUACAGGAGAACGAGCUGAUGAUAAGCCCCAAAAUGAACUCUAUCCCCAGGCUGCAGUGACUAGCAACAGGGCUACACCUCCUGCUGAUGGAUUACACAAACAAGAGAAGCUGUCCCUGCCAGCACCUAGCAAGCAGAAAGCUGAGCUACGCUGGGGUGGGAGAUCAGGGGCCGGACGCAGAGAAGGACCAGGGGGAGAGAGACCUGUCCGCAGGUCUGGGCCAAUAAAGAAGCCUGUCCUAAGGGACAUGAAAGAAGAGAGAGAGCAAAGAGAAGAGAGAGAGAAGCGUCACGAGAGAGGGGAAAGGGGAGACCGGUCCAAAAAGGAUCAGUUAUCAAAAGCUCCCUCUGCAGCUGCUGCUGUGUCUGAGGGCUCCAGACCUCAGGGUGAGGGGAAGAGAGAAGCUGCCGAGGCUGAGGAAACACAGACUGGCCAUCAGAGAGUCAGAGACUCCCAGCCUUCAUCUGGAGCUCCCACGUCUUCCUCUCAGGAGGAGAAAACAGACAAGCCGCCCAGCAAUGACAAACAUCCAGAACCCAAACUACCCUCCAGGAAAGAGUCGAAUCUUCCUCCACGUUCCUACCGACGAGAGGAAAGGGAGAGGGAACGUGAGAGGGAGAAGGAAAUAGACAAGGACAGAGAAAGAGAGUGGCCUGUUGACUCAAAUUUCAAAGGACGUGGUCGAGGGGAAUAUUAUUCCAGAGGGAGGAGCUACCGGGGUACUUACAGUGGCCGAGGCAGGGGAAGUCGCGGUCGAAGCCGGGCAGAGUACAAUUACCGAGAGCCCCGUUCGCGCUCUGAUUUACCUUCUGCUGGAGGUGCUGCUGCCUUUCGCAACAGGGAGGAAAGCGAAACACGCAGCGAGAGCUCAGACUUUGAGGUUAUACCAAAACGUAGACGGCGUCGUGGUUCAGACACAGAUUCUGAAAGUGAAGGUGGGAGAGAGUCUGCCAGUGAUACUGGACCCUCUGACCGUGAGCCUAGCACUAAACCUAGCCGUCCAUUGAGACGAGAGCUCCCUGGGGAAGGCCGGCCUGGGCCCCACAAGCCAGGCUUUGGACCUCCUCACAUGGGUGAAAGGGUUGGACCAAGAGGGGAUGAUGAAAGCAGACCCAAGCCAGGAUUCCUUCCUAAAGGGGAGCCUUCUCGGCGAGGAAGAGGAGGACUAUACAGUAGACGAGGUGGAGCAAGGGAACGCGGUGGCCCUCGCUCAGGCCCUCUCAGACGGCCGGGAACUAGAGAGUCCUCUUCUCAGUGGCCCUCUAAACCCAUGGAGACAUUCAGGCCUGAGGACGCUGAGUCCACACCAAGAUAUGACAAUCCUGCCGCUGACAGACGACCCCCUAAGUCUGAUGGCAAGAAAUUUGGGGAUGGUGCUCCUCAAAGUAGUAGAGAAAGGCCUCGUCGAUCCAGACCAGCACGGCCUCCAAGGCAAGAUAAACCACCCCGCUUUAGGCGCUUGAAAGAGCGCGAGGCUGCAGUGUUAGCGAGUGGUGAAACGGCCCCAAGCCCCCCUGUCCCUCUACUCCCAGUGCCUGCUACUGCUGCUGUCCCUAGCUCUGCCCCUGCCCCAAUCUCCCUCUCACCAACUCUUUCUAGAGCUCCAGGAACCCCUGUAACUGUGCCUGCAGAAGUGGCUUCCACUAUGCCUGCACCUGACUUGUCCUCCCCUGUAGAAGCACCCUUGCCUGAGACCAGCAGCCCCACCAUCACUGCAGUCGGUACCAAAUCACCUGACUUGUCCAACCAGAACUCUUCAGAUCAAGCCAAUGAGGAAUGGGAGACUGCCUCCGAGAGCAGCGACUUCAACGAAAGGAGAGAGCGAGAGGAAAGGAAAGGAGCCCUGGAGGCUGCUAAUGAAGCAGCCACUGCCUCUGCCCCGGCACCUGCACCCCCCCAGGGCUCUUUGACCCCCAGUAAAAGCCCUCCUGAGGGAGGGGUGACUCCAAAACGUGAAGGGGCUCCUGCAGCUAAGAGGAGUUUCUCAAGUCAGAGGCCUACAGAGAGACAGAAUCGUAGAGGCAACAGUGGAGCCAAACCAGGCCGGAGCUACACAGGGGGCAAGGGAGAGAGGAGGGGAGGGGCCAAAGCUGGCCGCAAAGGCCCUGCAGCUCAGCAGAACGCAGACGGGACAGGACAGACAGCUGGAGGAGCAUCACAGAGGCCUACAAAAGACCAGUCUGGCCGUCGCAAAGAUGAGGCCAAACAGGCCGCCAAGAAGCCCAAAGAGAAUGCUCUCUCUCAGUUUGAUCUCAACAAUUAUGCCAGUGUUGUGAUCAUUGAUGACCAUCCAGAGGUCACCACCACAGAGGACCCGCAAUCCAGCGCCAAUGAUGACGGCUUCACUGAGGUGGUCUCCCGCAAGCAACAAAAACGGCUGCAAGAUGAAGAGAAACGGAAAAAGGAAGAGCAGACUACUCAGAACUGGAGUAAAAAAGGCUCUAGUGAGAAGGGCAGAGGAGGUGGAGGAAAGCUGCCACCAAGAUUUGCUAAAAAGCAGUCAUCGCAGCAACAGCAGCAACAACAGCAGCAGCAGCAGCAACAACAACAACAACAACAACAACAACAACAGCAGCAACAGCAACAACAACAGCAGCAACAGGCCUCACAGUCUCAGCCUCCUGUAGCCUCUACACCCCAGGCCCAACAGCAGCCCUCCAUUUCUGCUCCCCAGCACCCUCACCAUGCUCCCUCCCAGCCUGCUGCAUCCCCUCAGACUCUGGAAGGCACAGUGGCUCCAAUGCCCUCCAUCCCCUCUGCCACUGUGGACUUUACCCCAAAGAGCCUACCCCCCGCCCCCACACAGACACACAGCACUCUGGGUACAGAACUGUGGGAGAACAAGGUAGCGGGCUCCACUGUCCUUCCUGAAGUCAAGAAGCUUGGUCCAAUCAGCCCUCCCCAGCCACCCUCUGUGAGUGCCUGGAACAAACCUCUUACCUCCUUUACUGGCACUGUCUCCUCUGAGGGUGUGAAGCCUGGAUCAGAGGGCAGUGUGGAAUUGGCAAUAGACAGCAUUCAGUUUGGAGCGCCAUCGUCUGCAGGCAGCACUGACAGUGACGGAGUUCCAGCGUUGCUAGAAACUGGCUCUGAAAACAAACUACCUGCUCCCAAAGAACAGAGACAGAAACAACCUCGAGCUGGCCCAAUCAAAACACAGAAGCUUCCUGAAAUGGAACCAGUGGAAACCAAGGAGUACAAGCCGGGUCCCAUCGGUAAAGAGCGCUCUUUAAAGAACCGCAAGGCCAAAGACGCACGUGGAGGAGAAGGCGAGGGGAUGGAGGCAGGAGUCCCUGGAGGAGGCGUCAGUAGAGCCACAGACUCCAGUCCUCCCACCAGUGACACCACAGUACCAGAGCUGGGAGGAGACAUUGAGGGCAUGAUCACAGUCCCCUCAGCAGAGUACAACAGUAACUCUAAGGAGUCUGUCACUGACUACACCACACCCUCCUCCUCAAUGGCUGACAGUGUUCCCACAGUGGUGAACAAAAUAGAAGAGAGUUUGGUGGCAAAUGUGGCUCUACCCCACUCAUUGCCCCUUCCUCGACGAGAGACCCUGCAGCAGAGCUCCAGCCUCAGCACUGUCUCUCCUGCUACUGUUGACCUAACACUAAAGAUGGAAUCGGCUCGUAAGGCAUGGGAGAACUCACCAAGUCUAGAGAAGAACUCUCCAGUCACCUCCUCAUCCUCCCCCAUCACCUCCUGUGCAUCCUCAUACUCCACGUUCUCCUCGGCCUCCAUGCCACAGAUCCCUGUGGCUUCUGUUACCCCCAGCACCUCACUGUCAGGUUCUGGUACCUAUACCACAUCAUCCCUCAGCACCAAGACCACCACGGCCUCUGACCCCCCUAACAUCUGUAAGGUGAAGCCCCAGCAGCUGCAGGGUGGGAGUCUGUCCUCCUCCAGCAGUAGCAGUAGUAGCAGCAGCUUCUCUCAGUUGGGCUGUGUGCCUCCCCUCCUGCCCCAGCAGCAGCAGACCCCACAGGUGUACGUCUCUCAGUCUGCAGCAGGUUCUGCAGCUCAGAUCCCAGCCUUCUACAUGGACACUAGCCACCUCUUCAGUACCCCCCACCCUCGCUUGGCGCCUCCCUCCCUGGCGCAGCAGCAAGGUUUCCAGCCCGGCCUCUCGCAGCCGACAGCGGUGCAGCAGAUUCCCAUUCCUAUCUACGCUCCACUGCAAGGUCAGCCGCAACACCAACAUCAACACCAACACCAACACCAACACACACACCAGGCUCAGCUUGGACUCAGCACUGGUCCUCCAGUUUCCCAGCCACAGGACCUGUUCAGCUCCUCACUGCAGCCUUACAGGUCUCAGCAGGCGUUCAUGCAGAGCAGCCUGUCACAGCCCUCCAUGAUGCUGUCAGGACCAUCCUUGCACAGCUAUCCUGGCGUGCAGGCACCUGAGCUGGGCAAGCCUCAGUCUAAUCUGGCCUAUCAGCAGGCUUCCUCCACCCAGCACAUUCCCAUUCUGUUUGAGCCGCAGCUAAACCAGCCUUCUGGCAUGGGAGGCUCCCAGCUCAUUGAUACACACCUGCUGCAGGCUCGACAGGGGAUGAGUCAGCAUUCAAACAUGUACUCGGGGCAAGUGCAACAACAUGGCCAGAGUAGCUACUACAGCAACACUCAGUCGCCCAGCUCUGCAAUGCAACAGGUGACAGUCCCUCUGCCAAGUUCCCAGCUGUCCCUUCCGAACUUUGGCUCGGGUGGAGGCCAGCCUCUCCUGGCGCUGCCUCCGACCCCUCCCCAGGCCCAGCCCCCCAACAUCAACCGUCAGCCUCCAGUCUCCCAGCCAUACCGAGGCAUCAUGGGCCCCAGCCACAGCAUGAUGCAGCCUCCCACCAGCAAGAUGGACAUGGAUCUGAAGCUCUUUGGUAGUGGGAUGGAUGUAAAGCCUGGAACCCCUCCUGUCGGCGCCAGGAGCACUACACCCACCUCCAGCCAUUACAGAGCCAGCUCCACGUCUCCUAGCAGCCAGUCCAGUAAGAUCAACAGCAUGCUGUACCAGAAGCAGUUUCAGCCCAGCUCUGCCGGCAUGAGAAUGACGCAGCACUUCCCUGGCCAGUUCAACCCGCAGAUUCUGUCUCAGCCCAACAUCGUCUCUCCUCUUGUUAGACCUCCUCACGCAAACUCGUUUGCUGGAGGUGUCCAGCGCUCUCCCAUGGGCCCUCCAAUGUCACCCAACGUGGGUGGUGGUCUCAUGCCCCAUCCCCGGCCUCAGCACCCACAGCACAGCCAGCACCCUCCCCGAGGACCUCCUGGCCCCUCGCUUGCACCCAGAGGCACACAGGCGGCUCUAAAGGCUGAACAGGACCUAAAGGCAAAGCAGCGGGCCGAGGUGCUCCAGUCCACUCAUAAGUUCUUCUCAGAGCAGCAGCAGCAACAGCAGCAGCUCAAGACCCCGCAAGUCAGCAAAGUGUCUCGGCUUGAUCAGGGGGGGAAACCUCCUCUCGACAGCUCUGCCUCAAACCACCAGGCAGUCGGCGACCGCCAAGAUACCGACAAGCCCCCCAUCUCCACGGCCAAGCCCAUACGGACUGGCCCCAUAAAACCGCAGGCCAUCAAACCAGAAGAGAGCAAGUAAAGAGCUGACGAACCUCUUCGGAUGACAAUAUGAAUGGAUGGAAGAGAGGAAGAGAGAGAAUCUAGCCCCAUUCACUCAGUCACCACCUCAUAUCAGCCCUGGGGGACAGUGUGGGGGAGGAGGAUGAGUCGAUGCUAGUGGUUACUGAGAGUAGGCACUGUCCUGCGUAUACAUAAUCCUCUUCCUCUUCUUUCUUCCCCUAUCUUGUCCCACUGUAGGUGGCGGCGUUUGAGUUGGAUUCUUCCAUCAUAUUUAGAAUGCCAAUAAAAUGGCUGCACAAGUUGUUCCAUAGAAAUCUACUGAGACGGUAGAUAAGAGGAGAGUUGGAAAGAGAAAAUUGAAAUGAGAUUUGCUGCUGAGUUUGCCAUUUUUAUAGCUCUUGGUUUCUGUUCCUUUUUUAUUUUUAUUUUCCCCCAAAUAGGAUCACACAUAUUAUAGGAGAAACCUGUUUUGUUAACGAAAGAAUGAAUCAGUUUUGUUUUUGUAGUCGAAACAAUCUUGUUAAGGAGAUGUCAUUUAGUGAAGCACACUUUUUUUGUUGCCCAAUCUCCCAUCAUAACUAAUCCAGAGAUUUGUGCACGUGGAAAUGCACCUCAUUACGCUCACUUCAACGGUUUCAUCCACGGUCACCAUACAGAGACAUGAAAUCAGAAAUUCUCGUCAUUUUGUUUUUGUUUUUACCAGAACGGAAAUGUGAAAAUUACAGCAGUUGAUUGCAAUUAAUGAUUGAUUUAUUGAUUUGUGAGCCUUUGCUCCUGCCUUCUGCUCUCAUCUCCUUGCCUCAGAAUUACUGAUGUGUUGGGGGUGUGUGUGUGUAUCGGGUGUGUGUUUGUGGUAUAAACAGGGGGAAAGCUCGUAGCUGGACUCUCCUGUAUAUUUAGCCAAAGGUUAAAGCAGCGCGGAGAUGAUGUCACAGCCUUUUUAUUAGGAUUGCUGUUGUCGUGGCAGCAGAGUUUUGAUUUGACUUGCAGGAUUACACAGAUGAUGUAUGAUCACUACAUACAGCUGUUCCAGUUUAGGAGCUACUGUCACACACCCUUUCACUGCUUUCACACACAUCCUUGCUGUCACACAAACACACACCUAUACACACUUUACUGUAAAGCACCCAGACCUGCUGCUAUUGACUGAUUUCAGUGCCCUUAGCUAGAGUAUAGCAGGAUAGGGCUAUUUAGAGGAAUAGAAACGGUGAAGAGUUGAGUGUUGAAACAGUAGAACACUUGGAGUGUGUGUAUGUCAACCCUCACGACGAGGGGGAACAAGAACAGGACAGAGAACAAGUAAACGGAUGAAAUGAGAAGCCUCAAGUACAGAAGCGUUUGGGCAGAAGGACACUUAUUGUUUUGUUGUCUUUACUGAUGAGAGCAAUCAGUGCUGUUUUCUGUCUCUGCCUCACCUCCGCUGGCUGUCCCACCCACAAUGCUUUCAUCUCGGGGUUGUGGCGACAAGGGUCCUUCAGAAAUGUACAGUAGUAUGCACCCUGAGGUGGGGAGGGCGUCCUCCUCGCCUCUACCCUAGUCGGGGGAAGAGUCCUUGCUUUGGAGGAUGGAUGCGGGAGGGAGGGUAAUGAUUUUUUUUUCUUUUUUUUUUUCUUUUUUGUUGAACUUGUACAGGGGUUUCAUCGCUGUAUUAAAAUAUGUACGGUCUUAUUUACAUUCUCUUGGUUUGGUUACAGAAACUAAUAAAAUAAUAUACUGUUGA